AUGGAUGAAAAUGGAUCUCUCUAUGUAACUGACGUUAGAAAAGAUGAAGUGAGACGAUAUCGAAGAGGAGAAUCUCAAGGGACAGUGGUUGCAGGUGGCAAUGGACGUGGAAAUCGUCUCGAUCAACUCUCGGACCCACAAUACAUAUACGUCGAUCGAGAUUAUUCAGUGUACGUGUCUGAUUGGGGAAACCAUCGUGUGGUGAAAUGGAUGGAAGGUGCAAAACAAGGCAUUGUUGUGGCUGGUGGCCAAGGGCAAGGAAAUGGUCUUACACAAUUGUUAUAUCCUCAAGGAGUCGUUGUCGAUCAAUUGGGUACUGUCUAUGUGGCUGAUCAAGGAAAUGAUCGAAUCGUACGUUGGCCCAAAGAAACCACACAGGAAAAUGUCAUUAUUGGUGGAAACGGUAGAGGAGGACAGUCAAAUCAACUCAAUCGCCCAUAUGGUUUAUCAUUCGAUCGACACGGCAAUCUCUAUGUCGCUGACGAGGGAAAUAGUCGAGUACAAAAAUUUAAUAUCGAGUCAAAUGCAUAA